CAAAUGGCAGCAUGGAGACCGUGAUUCGUAGACUCAGUUGAGGUAGUGGACACAGAGUGGGUGCUCUGGGAAGGGAGCAGGAGGGAGGUCAGGGUGAAUUUUGUGAGGAGGCCCAUCGACUUGUGCUAUGCAGACUUUGGGUAGGUGGACUGGCCAUUCCCUACCACCUGGAGCAUGGGACACUAGGGUUUGAGGGCAGUGAUGGGAGGCUCCCUGUGCCUAGAGUUCUCCCUUCCCCCAGCGGUGCCUGCCUACAGGGAGUUCUCCUUUUUUCAGCCUCUGGAAGAGGAACUAUGACUGCCCCUUAAACACAGACCCAAAAGAGCAGCACCCACCAGUUGCUAUUCAGAAAAUAUCCCUUCUGCCCUGCAUCUGGCUUGAGGAGGUCUUCUGUGUGUCCGUCAGGUGUGGCCUUCCGGUCUCCUAGACUCCUGUCCCCUUGGCCCUGAGCUGGGAUAGCAGAAGGGAAAGGUGUCCGUCUUGGACAGGGGACCUCGGAUCUGAACUCUGUCUUUGCCUACCCCAGUGGGCCUCUGGGCUCCUCAGGGCCUCCUGCCACGGAGCUUCAUGGGUUCUGAAUGGGACAGGGGGGCUCUGGGCUGGGCUUAUGAGCCUGGGAGAGGUGACUAUUCCCAAAAGAAAAGACUUCUGUUUCAGAAGUCCAAAAAGAAAAAACUGAGAGCUUCUUUUCUCUGGGGGAACAGAGGCUGCAAGACACAAGACAGGGCCUAUGCGUUCCAGACGCACCAGUUCACAGCUCCCACCAUUUCUGACUUGAUCUUCAGGCCAUGACCCCGUCCCUCCCCGACUGUGGAAGCCUCCCCAUUUCCACCUGCUCCCAUCUGCUCCCACCUGGGAGGCCUCUGAGCCGCCCCCAGCUACCCUUCUCUGGGCCAGCUUCUCCCCAUCUCCCACCUGCCAGCCUCAGCAGCCGUGCCCUCCCACCUCUGGCCACCUCCCCUUCCAGUCCUCUUUCCCUCAGGGUUGUGGGAGCCUGGGCCCUAGGAGGAUGGUGUCUGAGCACAUCCAGGAGGGCUGAGGGCACUGUUGGGGGAACUCGGGCCUCCUUGGGCCUGCUGUGGACCGGGCUCCAGCAGGCUGAGAUGUUUGAGUCACUGGAUGGGACCCAGGUGAGCCCGGGUGCCCACUGCCCCAGUCCCCCUGGCACAGGCCGCCUCAGGCCCCCAGCGGACACGCCAGGCCCUCAGCCCCAGCCCAUGGACCUGCGGGUGGGCCAGCGGCCCCCGGUGGAGCCCCCGCCAGAGCCGGCGCUGCUGGCCCUGCAGCACCCCCAGCACCUGCACCACCACCUGCUGUUCGCAGCAGGCCUGCCUCAGCGCUCAGCGGAACCCAUGAGGUUGCAGGUGGGGCAGCAGGAGCAAGAGCUGCGGCAGCUUCUCAAUAAGGACAAGAGCAAGCGAAGUGCCGUAGCUAGCAGUGUGGUCAAGCAGAAGCUGGCAGAGGUGAUUCUAAAGAAGCAGCAGGCAGCCCUAGAGAGAACAGUCCAUCCCAAUAGCCCCAGCAUUCCCUACAGAACUCUCGAGCCCUUGGAGACGGAAGGAGCUGCUCGCUCUAUGCUUAGCAGCUUUCUGCCUCCUGUUCCCAGCCUGCCCAGUGACCCCCCAGAACACUUCCCUCUCCGAAAGACAGUCUCUGAGCCCAACCUGAAGCUGCGCUACAAGCCCAAGAAGUCCCUGGAGAGGAGGAAGAAUCCACUGCUCAGAAAGGAGAGCGCCCCGCCUAGUCUCCGGCGGCGGCCUGCAGAGACCCUCGGUGACUCCUCCCCCAGUAGCAGCAGCACACCAGCAUCAGGGUGCAGCUCCCCCAAUGACAGCGAGCAAGGCCCCAACCCCGUCCUGGGCUCGGAGGCGCUCUUGGGCCAGCGGCUGCGGCUGCAGGAGACCUCUCUGGCCCCGUUCGCCUUGCCGACAGUGUCCUUGCUGCCCGCAAUCACGCUGGGGCUCCCCGCCCCUGCCAGGGCUGAUGCUGACCGCAGGACCCAUCCGACACUGGGCCCUCGGGGGCCGGUCCUGGGGAGCCCCCAUGCUCCCCUCUUCCUGCCCCACAGCCUGGAGUCUGAGUCUGGGGGCCCCUUGUCCUCUCGACUACAGCCCAUUCUCCUCCUCGAUCCCUCAGUCUCUCACGCGCCCCUGCUGACUGUGCCCGGGCUUGGGCCCCUGCCCUUCCACUUUGCCCAGUCCUUACUGACCACCGAGCGGCUCUCUGGGUCAGGCCUCCACCGGCCACUAAGCCGGACCCGCUCAGAGCCCCUGCCCCCAAGCGCCACCGCCCCCCCACCGCUGGGCCCCCUGCAGCCCCGCCUGGACCGGCUCAAACCUCACGUCCAGCUGAUCAAGAGGCCAGCCAAGCCAAGUGAGAAGCCCCGACUGCGGCAGAUCCCCUCAGCUGAGGACCUGGAGACAGAUGGUGGGGGAGUGGGGCCGCUGGGGGAUGACGGCCUGGAGCACAGGGAGUCAAGCCAUGGGCAGCACGAAGCCAGAGGCCCUAUUCCUCUCCAGCAGCACCAGCAGGUGUUCCUCUGGGAGCAGCAGCGACUGGCUGGGCGGCUCCCACGGGGAGGAACUGGGGACUCUGUGCUGCUUUCCCUGGCCCAGGGCAGUCACCGGCCCCUGUCCAGGGCUCAGUCAUCCCCAGCUGCGCCUGCCUCACUGCCAACCCCAGAGCCUGCCAGCCAGGCCCGUGUCCUGCCCAGCUCAGAGACCUCUGCCAGGACCCUGCCGUUCACCACAGGGCUGGUGUAUGACUCGGUGAUGCUGAAACACCAGUGCUCCUGCGGGGACAACAGCAGGCACCCGGAGCACGCGGGCCGUAUCCAGAGCAUCUGGUCCCGGCUGCAGGAGCGGGGGCUCCGGAGCCAGUGUGAGUGUCUCCGGGGCCGGAAGGCCUCCCUGGAGGAGCUGCAGUCAGUGCACUCCGAGCGGCACGUGCUCCUCUAUGGCACCAACCCGCUCAGCCGCCUCAAACUGGACAACGGGAAGCUGGCAGGGCUCCUGGCACAGCGGAUGUUUGUGAUGCUGCCCUGUGGUGGGGUAGGGGUGGAUACCGAUACCAUCUGGAAUGAGCUGCAUUCUUCCAAUGCGGCCCGCUGGGCAGCCGGCAGUGUCACUGACCUUGCCUUCAAAGUCGCUUCCCGUGAGCUAAAGAAUGGUUUUGCUGUGGUUCGGCCCCCAGGACACCAUGCGGACCAUUCCACAGCCAUGGGCUUCUGCUUCUUCAACUCCGUGGCCAUUGCCUGCCGGCAGCUUCAACAACAGGGCAAGGCCGGCAAGAUCCUCAUCAUGGACUGGGAUGUUCACCAUGGCAAUGGCACCCAGCAAACCUUCUACCAGGACCCCAGUGUGCUCUACAUCUCCCUGCAUCGCCAUGAUGAUGGCAACUUCUUCCCCGGCAGUGGGGCCGUGGAUGAGGUGGGAGCUGGCAGCGGUGAGGGCUUCAAUGUCAACGUGGCCUGGGCAGGAGGUCUAGACCCCCCUAUGGGGGAUCCUGAGUACCUGGCUGCCUUCAGGAUGGUUGUGAUGCCCAUUGCCCGAGAGUUCUCUCCGGACCUGGUUCUGGUGUCAGCUGGGUUUGAUGCUGCCGAGGGUCACCCAGCCCCGCUGGGUGGCUACCAUGUUUCCGCUAAAUGUUUUGGGUACAUGACCCAGCAGCUGAUGAGCUUGGCGGGAGGUGCAGUGGUGCUGGCCUUGGAAGGUGGCCAUGACCUCACAGCCAUCUGUGACGCUUCUGAGGCCUGUGUGGCUGCUCUUCUGGGAAACAAGGUGGAUCCUCUCUCAGAAGAAGGCUGGAAGCAGAAACCCAACCUCAACGCCAUCCGCUCUUUGGAAGCCGUGAUCCAGGUGCACAGUAAAUACUGGGGCUGCAUGCAGCGCCUGGCCUCCUGUCCAGACUCCUGGGUGCCCAGGGUGCCAGGGGCCGACACAGAAGAAGUGGAGGCAGUGACCGCACUGGCAUCCCUCUCCGUGGGCAUCCUGGCUGAAGAGCGGCCCUCACAACAGCUGGUGGAGGAGGAAGAACCUAUGAAUCUCUAAGGCUUAGAACGGAUCUGCCUGCCCACCCUGCCCUUCGGACCUGGUUCUCUUCUAACCUCUGGCCAUAGUACCCAUUCCCGGAGUCUUCAGAGAGCCUUUGGGCAGGUAGUUGGGGCCAGAGAACAGCCCCUUGACAGUCACCCCAAGGAGCCUGAGAAGGGCCCUGGGUCUAGGAUAGGGACCAGAGAGGACCCCGAGAAGAGGCAGGCUGGGCAGUCGGCCAGCCCUUGGUGGGGCUCUCUCAAGAACAGAGUCUACCCCUUUGGGGUGCAGGCCCCUGGCUGGGCCCCCCUUCCUCAGGACUGCACAGAGGAGGACUGGCUCAGUCAGGCUCACUGAUAACCACUAUUCUUGGCUCUGUAGACCCUGGGCUUUGCACACAGCCCCAGGUUCCACACAGAAAUGUGAACUUGGCCUCAACCAGGGUGGCCCUUCUGAGGCUCUGAGGGCUGGGCCAGAGGGGGGGAGAAGGGGAUGGGUAGGAGGAGCCAGGGGGUCCCCUAUACCUGAGUGCAGGGGGAAUCCCUCUCGCCUGCUUCUUCAGAUGACUCUGGAAGCUUCCUCCCCCCUCCCCCCGCCACUGGGCAGGGAGACAAAGCUCCUUCCAAGAGAGCGAGCAGUCCUUGGCAGGCCUCCCAUCUGGUCCCUGCCCCUGCCAGAGGCUACCCUACGUCCGCCAUCUCAGUGCCCUGGUGGAGCAGACAGGUGCUCUUGGAGUUCUGUGCUUCCUGAGCCAAUGGUGCCAAACUCUUCAUCUCCCCUCAGUAGCACAGCAUGACCACCAGGGACCCCUUGGUCACUGCCCUCCUCCAUGAGACUCUCUUUCUGGGGUCUCCCUCACCCAGCUCUGACUCCUGCCCUCCAUAGGACCAGCUCGGCUGAGGGGAAAGGGGGUGGGAGAGUGGAUGCAAGACAUGGGGGAGGGGAGGCUGCCCUGGCCAAGUCUUCAAGGCUUCUGGGGUCCAGGCCUGGGGCCAAGAAGGAAAGUAUUUGUGUGCUAGAGAGAGUGAGAGUAUGCGUGUGUGUGUGCGUGUGUGUGUGCGCGUGUGUGUGCACGCGCGCGUAUGUGUGUCUUCCCGAGGACCACCACCCCUUGUGUAUGUAUGCAUGUUUUUGUAAAAAAGAAAAAAAAAGAAAGGAAAAAAAAUGGAAAAAAAAUCUGAACAAUAAAUGUUUUAUUUGCUUUAAA